UUAUGGUUUAAGCAUGUUUAUAUAUUUUUUUCUUGCCCAAUUCCUUGCAAGGUUAGUUAUCAAUUAUUUGUGUCAGAUUGAUCAAGAGCGGGAGGGAGAACAGAUUGACCGAGCAUUAUUGAAGAAUAUUCUAGAUAUCUUUGUCAAAAUUGGAAUGGGGCAAAUGGAUUGUUAUCAGAAUGACUUUGAAGCAGCCAUGCUUAAAGAAACUGCUGCUUAUUAUUCUCGUAAGGCUUCAAAUUGGAUUCUGGAGGAUUCUUGUCCUGAUUACCUGCUAAGGGCUGAGGAGUGCUUAAAACGGGAGAAGGAACGGGUUUCUCAUUACUUGCAUUCUAGCAGCGAGCAGAAAUUAUUGGAGAAAGUGCAAAUUGAGUUGUUGUCCGUGUAUGCAAACCAGUUGCUCGAAAAGGAAUAGUCUGGAUGCGAUGCUUUGCUCAGAG